AUGUCCCGCUGGUAUGGUUCCCCCCUGAGGCCUAAGAAGAGGAUUCAUUAUCAUUUACUAAUAUGGCUCAUUAGGCUCUUGAACUAUACACCCCAAGACACAAAAGAAUUAACAACUCCAGCAACGCUCGUCCGUCUCCUCACAAUCAACUCCGUCAAUGCCUACAUAACAUCUUGGGUCCUCUAUCUCUCAGGCGGCUCCGAGGACCCAAGACUCCUCUUACCAGCAUGGAUAAGCAUAGCAACCACAUUGACGUUCCUCUAUCACGUCACGCAUCCACGUCUCGCAAUCUUAAAAGAGACUUCCCAUUCCAUUUCUGUAUUUUCAAUAGCGAGUUUCAUUAGCAUGGUCAGCCUUUUGUUGCAGCUUCAUCUUUCAAGAGCGAAUGAUCCUCCUGUUCGGUUAUUUUUGAUUGCGAAGCAGUGUUGGGAAUACAUUAAGAUAGGAGUUGGAAUGAUUGGAAUGGUUGGAAGGGACUUGUAG